AUGGGUAAAGUACUUUUUGUGACGGCUCUGGCCUUGCUGCUGCAAGCCCAGCUCGGUUCAUCCUUCAUACUGUCAUGCUACUUCACAAACUGGGCACAGUACAGACCACCUCCGACCAUAUUUAUGCCCAAUGACAUCGACCCAUGUCUGUGUACCCAUCUCCUGUAUGCCUUCGCCACCAUCAAGAACAACCAACUGGCCACCUUUGAGUGGAACGAUGUGGAGCUUUAUGGCCAGUUUAACGCCCUGAAGAACCAGAACGGCAACUUGAAGACUCUCCUGUCUGUUGGAGGAUGGAACUUCGGCUCAACAGGGUUUUCCCAAAUGGUGUUGAGCCCUGCAAACCGCAAGACCUUCAUCAACUCAGUAAUUUCAUUCCUGAGAAAGUAUGAGUUUGAUGGGCUUGACAUUGACUGGGAGUAUCCAGCCAACAGAGGAGGGCCUCCUUCAGACAAGCAGUACUACUCCGUUUUCCUGCAGGAGCUGAGAGCUGCAUUUGAGAACGAGGCCAAGCAGAGCAACAAGGCUCGUCUUCUGAUGUCUGCUGCUGUGGCGGCUGGAAAGUCCAACAUUGAUUCUGCUUAUCAGAUUCCCCAGCUUGGCCAGUCCCUGGAUAUGAUCAAUGUCAUGACAUAUGACUUCCAUGGCUCUUGGGACCCCAUGACUGGUGAGUGCAGUCCUCUCUUCAAAAGCCCAGAGGAUCACGGUGGCUUCAUCUAUUUCAACGUGGAUUAUGCCAUGAACUACUGGAAGAGCCAAGGAGCCCCAGCUGAGAAGCUCAUUGUUGGUUUCCCCACAUAUGGCAACACAUUCACUCUUAAGAGCCCAUCUAACCAUGGUCUUGGAGCAGCUAUUGCUGGUCCUGGAACUGCAGGAAAGUACACACAGGAGGCUGGAGAGCUCGCUUACUUUGAGAUCUGUGACUUUUUGAAAGGCGGAGCAACUGAGGUUUGGAACCAGGCCCAGGAUGUGCCAUAUGCCUACAAGGGAAACCAGUGGGUGGGCUAUGACAACAUGAAGAGCUUCAAGAUCAAGGUUGACUGGGUGAAGAAGAACAACUUUGGAGGCGCCAUGGUGUGGACUCUUGACAUGGAUGACUACAUGGGCACUUUCUGUAACCAGGGAAAAUAUCCACUGAUUAAUGUUCUCAAGCAGGGCCUUAAUCUGGAACAAGCUUCCUGCGCCGCUCCUGCCACUCCCCUUCCUCCUAUCGCAGGAAUGAGCACAACUAGCGGAGGCAGCUCCAGUGGAGGCAGCUCCAGUGGAGGCAGCUCCAGUGGAGGCAGCUCCUCUGGUGGGGCCUCGGGCACCAAGGGCAUGGACAGCCAGUUCUGCGCUACAAAAGCCAGUGGCAUGUACCCCGACCCAACAAACAAGAACCAAUUCUACAACUGCAGUAUGGGAAAGACCUACUUUCAGAACUGCGCUGCCGGUCUGGUCUUCGACACCUCCUGUUCUUGUUGCAACUGGUCCUAAAUCUGAAGUUAUAGAUUGACUGGUUAACUGUUCAAAGGCUGGAGGAUUCUGUUUUACAUUUGUUCUUAGUAUUCACGGGGCAACUUCUCUGAGUGCAAGGUGCGCAUUGCACAUUGGAUGUUUGACAAUGUAAAACCAGAGGCUGUAACAUUGACAAGUCCAUUUUGAAAGCAAAAAAAUAAACAUUUGAAUU